AUGGCACUAGGAGACGAUGAUAUUCUAUCCGUUCCCUUCAAGUGAGUCUUUUCGUAAUAAAUUAUUUUUCAAAUCAAAAUUUCGGAAAUGCUUAAACGAGUUCCCGCUUCCAGAUACUUUGUCCUCUUCAUCGGAGGCCUACCGUCGUCUGCUCUCCUUAUCUGCGUGCUUCUUUCUCUUUUCCUCCACUUCGAACAGUCGACGGCGACCCACUGUGAAGUAUCCAACUACCUGCCGUCCAUUUCCGCCGCCGUUUCCACGUAUUCACCGGAGAAAUACAUUUGGAGGAUUCUGAUCGGACUGCACAUCGGCCCCAGAUUCGCUGUUUCGAUCGCCUGCCGCAACUACCUGACGAGCUCUCCGCUCCGUCCGUUGACCGGAUCCAAACAGUUUCGGACGUUGUGCAAUGUCGCGUGUCUUCUGAAUCUUCUGGAGAAUUUUUUCUUAUUGGCACUCACUUCCAUCUCUUCCAGUGAAGAUCAUAGUGAGUACUGCUUCUCAAAGUUUCUAUAUUCGAUUCUCUUGCAGCACUUCACGCGAAAUGCUUCGGUGGAUUUGCAAUCUGCUCGAUCGUCUACAUGGUCCUCUCCACGUGGCUUUUUAGCGAAUCCGGACGGAGAAGAGCCACGAAUCUCGGCGAAAAGUCGUAUGAAUACAAAAUCCUGGGUGCCUCAAUCUUCAUCGUCUGUUUCGUGAUGGGCGGUUACUUGUAUUGGCGGCACAACACGUAUUGCGAGCCGGGAAUCUACACACUGUUCGCUCUGGUCGAGUACUCCGCCGUGCUCUCGAACAUAUUUUUCCAUUGCACACUUUAUUAUGAUUUCCACGGGAAGAACAUCGCGUUGACUUCGUCUUUCGGGGGCGGAGGAUACUCCUUGCUGCCGACUCAAAUUGAAAAGGACACGUAAUAAUGACGAACGCAUAAUAGUCUUAAUGACCUUCAAAUCCUGGGUUCUCUGUGAUGAUUUUUCAUGUAAUUUUGGUUGUUUUCACUGAGGAAAUCUGUGUACCCUCAAAUGUAAUUUAUUGAAUGUUUCUUCUUUACGCUUCGGGUUCAUGUUAGUCACUUGCAUUCAUUUCCAUUUCCAUUUCUCUAGCUCUUCAUAAAUAAAUUGCCCCUUGCUCUCCUUAUUAUCUUCCUUUCAGUGUGUCCCCUUCAAGACGAGGUGUCUCUGCUGUUUACUUCAUCUUUUUUAUUAUUUCAUGCGCACGCUUACUCUCUAAUCAACUGUUGCUUCUACUCGUCCGCCGGCACGCGAGAAGAGAAUGCUCAGAGGCUCAGAAAAGAUGAUGGAGAAGGCGCGAAGAGGAGAAAGAGCACGCGCGAAGGGGGAUUAUACGAGGGGCGGAGCCAUGGCUCCGGCUCCUUUCCCUUCAGAGUCAUGACAAUUCGGAGCACGGAAGGUGCUCAUAAAAUGCAGAAGAUGGAGGACAAAGCUCCAAUUGCUCCCCCGUCCAUGAUGUCUUCCGACCAGCAACCUAAGCGAUCGAUUGGUAAGCAAGCUCAAAUGAGUCUCGCCACGAAAAUAGUGUUAUUACCUCUGAUUCCUCGAGCACUGACAAAUGACUUUUGAAGCUGACUAUCGCAAAGUUGCCAAGAAUCUUCAGAUAAUAAAAACACUUGAAAACUGACAUCAUUUUCGUGGUGAGACCCAAAGCCGUUCCCUUGCUUAUCAGAAUACUACAUGCCCAAGUGCAUCCGACCGGAAACCCGCAGCCAGUACGUGCUCCGCGGGCUCUCCUCGCUCGUCUUCUGCUCCGUUUCGGUGUGCUACACCUUCCAAGCGUACUGCAUUUCCCGCAGGAUUUCCGACAAAUGCAUCGCAGUUCUCACCUGUGCUCUCGCCUUCAUCUGGCUCAUGAUCGGAAUGCACAGGUCGCUCAAGUACUUGCAUUUGUACGCGAAACUCUCGGUAAAAGAGCUCCGACUUCCGCAAUUAUUUCCCGUUGCAGCUCUCGAUGAUGUGCGCGUCGAUCGGACUUCUUCUCGUGCUUCCAAUCCACGUGGCGAGUGCCGAGGUGAUGAAAAGCGGCGAUUACAAACGGGGAAUGUUCUUCGGAUUGCGCACUUCCGUCUUCGUCUUCUGCUUCGCCACAGGUACUCUUUUCAGCUGCUCUUCUAAUUUUUAAUUAAUUUUUUCAAUAUCACCUGAUAACACUUUUUUGUUAGCUUUCAUCAGAAAUCUGAUAUUAUGCAUUCACAACUUCAAGCAUUUCAGCGUUCUGGUACUUGGCUUGGAUCUGCUUCGCCACCGAUCGAAUCCUGGCCAAAGUCGAGCAGCUUCUCAAGAGAAAGUCGGACAUUUCUGCUUGUUAA